CCGCCUCUCAGUGCACGCCAUGGAACCCCAGUACUACUUAGACAGGCCUUCAGACGACGACGAUGACGAAGGCUUUGAGGGUCCAGAUGCUUAUCUCGACGGUGAGGAUCACGACCUCGAGCUGGAAAUCAACAACGAUGAUAUGUCGACCGCACCCGUCAGCGCUACCACUAUAUCGCAGCUGCUGCACUGUAAGUGCCCCUACUACAUAUGCUUUUCGUUCUCAACAGAUCGUCCAGCCCUUUUUGAACUGCAGCACGGUGAUUCUUCGAGGCCAGUUACACAGACAAACGAUGCUGACGACGGACAACUGGAACCCGGAAUAUUUUCGUUUGGCGACCUUCUGCGAUCGGGUAGUAGCGGUGGACCUUGCAUCUGCAGUGUUCGAUUUUGACGAAGAAGAAGAAGGGAUGGACGACGACGACGACUAUUACGAUGAUGAUUUCUUUAUUGCAAGGCGCUAUGGUUCAGUUCCUCGGCAUGAGCAGUGGUUUCCUCCACAUAAAGAGCCUCAACGGGAGGGCUUAGAACUAUUGAGAGGGGGUGAAUUUGGUCGAGUUACGAAGAAGCGCAUCAUGAACAUAUCACGCGUCUUUCUCGAUAGGUCUUCGAGGCAAAUUGGACCUACAAGGGAGGAGCUGGCGGGUGAUCUGAUACCAAACAGUAAUGGAACUGCCGUCGCCUCUCACGGAGCAAACCUUUAUGCAGGCCAAUUCUCCAAAGAUUCCUCGUUCUACUAUACAUGCAGUCAAGAUUUUCGCCUUCACGUUUAUGACAUGACAGCACCACCGUCGAAAUACAUUAGGCAACGCCGAAGUGCCAGGCGACCUAUUACAUCAGACUGGGACACUGACGAUCGAGACCAUGAGACAACCCUGAAGGUUCUUAAAAUUAUUGAAGGCAGGCAAGGUUCUUGGACGAUCACCGACUCUCACCUAAGUCCAGACAACGAAAGGAUAAUUUACUCGUCAAUAACACCCACAGUAUAUAUGGCCAGCACCUUGGAUUCUUCGACCGCCCAAACACCUAUACGGUUUUCUGAUCAAAACCGCCGGUCUGACAGAGGCGGUUUUGGAAUCUGGAGUUGCAGAUUCUCUGCUGACGGGAACGAAGUAAUUGCCGGUGGCUCUGGCCACAUUUUCGUGUAUAAUCUUCCUGCGGACAGGAAAACCGUUGAGAUCCACGCGCAUGAUGACGACGUUAACAGUUGCUGCUGGGCAGACAGUGUCUCGGGGAACGUACUCGUUAGUGCGUCGGACGACACAUUCUUGAAAGUCUGGGAUAGACGUUCUUUGGGGAUGUCACAGAAACCAUCAGGUGUCUUGGUGGGACACACCGAAGGUAUAACCAACGUAUCGGCUAAAGGGGAUGGUAGGUAUGUCAUAUCAAAUGGCAAGGAUCAGGCGCUUCGCCUGUGGGAUUUGCGAAGGAUGAGGAGCAGCGCCGAGUUCGACAGGCUUCCACAUAGACGUUAUGGAGCUCCUGGGUAUGAUUAUCGAUAUGGGGACUACCCGAAACCGAGAAGAAAUGCACACCCUAAUGAUUGCAGUGUGAUGACCUAUCGAGGUCAUGCUGUUUUGCGCACACUCAUUCGCUGCAACUUCAGUCCCGCUGAGACCACUGGAAGUAAAUACAUUUAUUCGGGUUCUGCUGAUGGGAGGAUCCACGUCCUUGAUCGCUCUGAAACCUUACCUAUGUCUUACCACCCUUCCGGGCCUGAAUUGCAACCGCUACCGCGAUCUCAUACAGUUGUCUGCGUUCGUGAUGUCAGCUGGAGUUCGACGCCCGUCAUGAUGAGCGUCGGAUGGGAAGGCUCACGAGCUGGAGGAAGCAUCGUCGCUCGUCACGAGUGGAAAGGUCUCUCUAAGAUGUCGUAUUCGUUAGAAGAUUGGGUGGAGAAACAGCGAGCUGAGGAAAACACCUCGCGGGUACCAGAAUGGGGAGACCCCUGAUGUAGAUGAGGCGUAGCAGAUAUACGCGUUUGUAUCAACUUAGCCCUACCUUUUGUACUGUCCUGCGCCGCCCUUCGAUUCGAGUUGCUGUAUCUCCCUUACUGUAAUCGUGCAAGUGUCCUCCCUAUCGGAAC